AUGCUCACACUCCUUAGCCCAGCGCCCUGCGUUUCGCCGCACGCCCUUCCGUGCCGCGCUACCGAGCCUCCCGGGCGUCUGGGGCUCCCCGGGUCCCUCGCUCCGCCCAGGUGCGAGGUGGGGAGGGGCGGGAGAGGGGGGGCGGGGGCUCCCACUGCAGCCUCCGCCCCCUGCGCUGUCCUCCAACCAGUUGGGACCGAGGUCUACUCGCCAGGCGCUGGGACUAUCCCCAACCCACCACCCAAGCCUGCCGCCGGAGUACCGGAAUCCCCUUCCCACCCUGCGGCCGUGGAAACAUCCCUAACUCCCCGGCGCGGGGCAGGGACUGUGGGCGUGGGAAGUGGAAGGGUGUGGAAGCCGGUGUCGGAGAAAGGAGGGGACACGGGGGUCCUCUUCGAGCAGGGAAAAGCUCCCCUGGUCCCUGAUCUGACCACUCAGUCACCGCCCAAGAUGCCAACGUACACAGAAUCGGGAGGUCUGUUUCUCCCGGGGAGAAAGGUCGCCCCAUCCCAGGCACCCAGAAGCCUGCCUUCCCAAGGCCUCCGGGGCCCGGCAUUCCAGAGCUCGGGUCUGCCCCUCUGCUUUUCUCAGGAUGACUUUGAGCGUGUAGCCGAAAUGGAGUCUGUAUGUCCCCGAAGAAAGUGUGUGUACGAUUAAAGCAAAUUAUUGGUAUUCAUAA